CUGAAGGGAUUGAUCAUGGCCACGGUCUCCUGGGACCCGCCUCUGGAGCAGGCCCCGGCCGAUAUGCACUCGGACCCGAGCAGCCGCGACGCGCCCGCUAGCCCCGACACUUUCUACGACUUUAGCGCGGAGUCGCGCAAGUUCAAGCUGGUCUUCCUGGGCGAGCAGAGUGUAGGGAAGACUUCACUCAUCACCCGAUUUGUGUAUGACAGCUUCGACAACACCUACCAGGCAACUAUUGGGAUCGAUUUCUUGUCUAAGACCAUGUACUUGGAGGAUCGUUCAGUCAGGCUGCAGCUAUGGGAUACUGCUGGCCAGGAGCGUUUCCGCAGCCUUAUUCCCAGCUACAUCCGUGAUUCCACUGUUGCUGUUAUUGUUUAUGAUGUUACAAAUUUCAGCACCUUCUGCCAGACAAGCAAGUGGAUAGAAGAUGUUCGGGCAGAACGAGGUGGGGACAUCAUCAUCAUGUUGGUAGGGAACAAGAAUGACCUGGGCCACAAAAGGCAAGUUACAUCAGAGGAGGGGAGACAAAGAGCCAGGGAAAUGAAUGUCAUGUUUAUUGAGACUAGUGCCAAAACUGGCCACAAUGUCAAACAGCUCUUCCGGAGAGUGGCUACUGCACUUCCUUUCAUGAAUAGUGUCUCGGAUGAAAGCCAGUGUGAAAUGGUGGAGAUCAUCCUGGAGAAGUCCGAUGACGACUCGGAGGAGGACAUCGGCGGCGGCGGCGGCGGCCGCUGCUACUGCUGAGGGUCUGGCCCCGCUCCACUGGCUCCUCCUCGGAUAGCCAGCCCCCGCCACCUCACCGCAGGCGGGAUCGAGUCACUGGAUUUGGGCUUUGCGCUUCCAGUUUUGCCCCCCCCCCCCAUCCGAGGCUCCCUCCCUCAUCCCACUCCGUCCCUCGCCUCCCUUUCCCGGCCUGUAGGGAGGCUGGAGCCCGCGGACACUUGGCCAGUUUCACCCCGCCGAGGAGGCCGGGGUGCGGGGCUGGACUCUCCGGAGGCCGGUCCCCAGCGGCCCCU